AUGGUGGCAAUUACCGAUAUUACACAUACGAUAUUCGGCACCACUGGACCAGAGGCGGAGGCGCGACUAAUGGAGGAGAAUACAGAGGAAGAAGUGGUGGAGGCCAUUGUACAGUUCAGCAGAGCGGAGGUCAGCGUGGUCGCUUCCCCGUAUCGCCGCCUCCCCGUCUCGCCGCCUCCACGUAUCGCCGCCUCCACGUAUCGCCGCCUCCACGUAUCGCCGCCUCCACGUAUCGCCGCCUCCACGUAUCGCCGCCUCCCCUUCUCGCCACCUCCACGUGUCGCCGCCUCCCCGUCUCGCCGCCUCCACGUAUCGCCGCCUCCACGCCUCGCCGCCUCCACGCCUCGCCGCCUCCACGUAUCGCCGCCUCCACGUAUCGCCGCCUCCACGUAUCGCCGCCUCCUCGUAUCGCCGCCUCCCCGUCUCGCCACCUCCACGUAUCGCCGCCUCCACGUGUCGCCGCCUCCACGUAUCGCCGCCUCCACGUAUCGCCGCCUCCACGUAUCGCCGCCUCCCCGUCUCACCGCCUCCACGUAUCGCCGCCUCCACGUAUCGCCGCCUCCACGUAUCGCCGCCUCCCCGUCUCACCGCCUCCACGUUUCGCCGCCUCCACGUAUCGCCGCCUCCACGUAUCUCCACCUCCACGUAUCGCCGCCUCCACGUAUCUCCACCUCCACGUAUCGCCACCUCCACGUGUCGCCGCCUCCCCGUCUCGCCGCCUCCACGUAUCGCCACCUCCACGCCUCGCCGCCUCCACGCCUCGCCGCCUCCACGUACCGCCGCCUCCACGUAUCGCCGCCUCCACGUAUCGCCGCCUCCUCGUAUCGCCGCCUCCCCGUCUCGCCGCCUCCACGCUCCACGUUUCGCCGCCUCAACGUAUCGCCGCCUCCACGUAUCGCCGCCUCCACGUAUCGCCGCCUCCCCGUCUCACCGCCUCCACGUAUCGCCGCCUCCUCGUAUCGCCGCCCCCACGUAUCAUCGCCCCCACGUAUCGUCGCCCCCACGUAUCGUCGCCAUCGUCGCCUCCACGUAUCGCCGCCUCCACGUAUCGCCGCCUCCACGUAUCGCCGCCUCCACGUAUCGCCGCCUCCACGUAUCGCCGCCUCCACGUAUCGCCGCCUCCCCGUCUCGCCGCCUCCCCGUCUCGCCGCCUCCCCGUCUCGCCGCCUCCCCGUCUCGCCGCCUCCACGUAUCGCCGCCUCCUCGUAUCGCCGCCUCCUCGUAUCGCCGCCUCCUCGUAUCGCCGCCUCCUCGUAUCGCCGCCCCCACGUAUCGCCGCCCCCACGUAUCGCCGCCUCCACGUAUCGCCGCCUCCACGUAUCGCCGCCUCCACGUAUCGCCGCCUCCACGUAUCGCCGCCUCCACGAAGGUGUGGGGAGGGGAGGAAGCAAGCUCCACCUACUUGAGCCCAACACAUUGGCAGCUUCAGGGACAGUGGUAGUGCAGGAGGAACAAGUUGCACUUUCAUGA